AUGGUACAGCAGCAGCUGGGAAAGAUCCCGGAGCCUGUUACCGCGAUCCCGGAGCCUGUAACUGAGAUCCCAGAGCGAGUAACCGAGAUCCCGGAGCCUGUAACCGAGAUCCCGGAGCCUGUAACCGAGAUCCCGGAGCCUGUAACCGAGACCCCGGAGCCUGUAACCGAGAUCCCAGAGCGAGUAACCGAGAUCCCAGAGCCUGUAACCGAGAUCCCGGAGCCUGUAACCGAGAUCCUGGAGUCUGUAACCGAGACCCCGGAGCCUGUAACCGAGAACCCGGAGCGUGUAACCAUGAUCCUGGAACCUGUAACCGAGAUCCUGGAGCCUGUAACCGAGAUCUCGGUGCCUGUAACUGAGAUCCCGGAGCCUGUAACCGAGAUCCUGGAGCCUGUAACCGAGAUCCCGGUGCCUGUAACCGAGAUCCCGGUGCCUGUAACCGAGAUCCCGGAGCCUGUAACUGAGAUCUCGGAGCCUGUAACCGAGAUCCCGGUGCCUGUAACCGAGAUCCUGGAGCCUGUAACCGAGAUCCCGGUGCCUGUAACCGAGAUCCCGGAGCCUGUAACCGAGAUCCCGGAGCCUGUAACUGAGAUCUCGGAGCCUGUAACCGAGAUCCUGGAGUCUGUAACCGAGACCCCGGAGCCUGUAACCGAGAACCCGGAGCGUGUAACCAUGAUCCUGGAACCUGUAACCGAGAUCCUGGAGCCUGUAACCGAGAUCCCGGUGCCUGUAACUGAGAUCCCGGAGCCUGUAACCGAGAUCCUGGAGCCUGUAACCGAGAUCCCGGUGCCUGUAACCGAGAUCCCGGUGCCUGUAACCGAGAUCCCGGAGCCUGUAACCGAGAUCCCGGAGCCUGUAACCGAGAUCCCGGUGCCUGUAACCGAGAUCCCGGAGCCUGUAACUGAGAUCUCGGAGCCUGUAACCGAGAUCCUGGAGUCUGUAACCGAGACCCCGGAGCCUGUAACCGAGAACCCGGAGCGUGUAACCAUGAUCCUGGAACCUGUAACCGAGAUCCUGGAGCCUGUAACCGAGAUCCCGGUGCCUGUAACCGAGAUCCCGGUGCCUGUAACCGAGAUCCCGGAGCCUGUAACCGAGAUCCUGGAGCCUGUAACCGAGAUCCCGGUGCCUGUAACCGAGAUCCCGGAGCCUGUAACUGAGAUCUCGGAGCCUGUAACCGAGAUCCUGGAGUCUGUAACCGAGACCCCGGAGCCUGUAACCGAGAACCCGGAGCGUGUAACCAUGAUCCUGGAACCUGUAACCGAGAUCCUGGAGCCUGUAACCGAGAUCCCGGUGCCUGUAACUGAGAUCCCGGAGCCUGUAACCGAGAUCCUGGAGCCUGUAACCGAGAUCCCGGUGCCUGUAACCGAGAUCCCGGUGCCUGUAACCGAGAUCCCGGAGCCUGUAACCGAGAACCCGGAGCGUGUAACCAUGAUCCUGGAACCUGUAACCGAGAUCCUGGAGCCUGUAACCGAGAUCCCGGUGCCUGUAACUGAGAUCCCGGAGCCUGUAACCGAGAUCCUGGAGCCUGUAACCGAGAUCCCGGUGCCUGUAACCGAGAUCCCGGUGCCUGUAACCGAGAUCCCGGAGCCUGUAACCGAGAACCCGGAGCGUGUAACCAUGAUCCUGGAACCUGUAACCGAGAUCCUGGAGCCUGUAACCGAGAUCCUGGAGCCUGUAACCGAGAUCCCGGUGCCUGUAACCGAGAUCCCGGAGCCUGUAACUGAGAUCUCGGAGCCUGUAACCGAGAUCCUGGAGCCUGUAACCGAGAUCCCGGUGCCUGUAACCGAGAUCCUGGAGCCUGUAACCGAGAUCCCGGUGCCUGUAACCGAGACCCCGGAGCCUGUAACUGAGAUCUCGGAGCCUGUAACCGAGAUCCUGGAGUCUGUAACCGAGACCCCGGAGCCUGUAACCGAGAACCCGGAGCGUGUAACCAUGAUCCUGGAACCUGUAACCGAGAUCCUGGAGCCUGUAACCGAGAUCCCGGUGCCUGUAACUGAGAUCCCGGAGCCUGUAACCGAGAUCCUGGAGUCUGUAACCGAGAUCCCGGUGCCUGUAACUGAGAUCUCGGAGCCUGUAACCGAGAUCCUGGAGUCUGUAACCGAGACCCCGGAGCCUGUAACCGAGAACCCGGAGCGUGUAACCAUGAUCCUGGAACCUGUAACCGAGAUCCUGGAGCCUGUAACCGAGAUCCCGGUGCCUGUAACUGAGAUCCCGGAGCCUGUAACCGAGAUCCUGGAGUCUGUAACCGAGAUCCCGGUGCCUGUAACCGAGAUCCCGGAGCCUGUAACCGAGAACCCGGAGCGUGUAACCAUGAUCCUGGAGUCUGUAACCGAGAUCCUGGAGCCUGUAACCGAGAUCCCGGUGCCUGUAACUGAGAUCCCGGAGCCUGUAACCGAGAUCCUGGAGUCUGUAACCGAGAUCCCGGUGCCUGUAACCGAGAUCCCGGAGCCUGUAACCGAGAACCCGGAGCGUGUAACCAUGAUCCUGGAGUCUGUAACCGAGAUCCUGGAGCCUGUAACCGAGAUCCCGGUGCCUGUAACUGAGAUCCCGGAGCCUGUAACCGAGAUCCUGGAGUCUGUAACCGAGAUCCCGGUGCCUGUAACCGAGAUCCUGGAGUCUGUAACCGAGAUCACGGCACCUGUAACCGAGAUCCCGGCGCCUGUUACCAAGAUCCCGGAGCCUGUCACUGAGAUCCCGAUGCCUCCUGUAACCGAGAACCCGGAGCCUGUAACCGAGAUUCCGGACGAUGCCAAGCCAGUGGCUUGA